UGAUAACGAGGCUCUCAACUCCACCCUGACAACAAAAUGGCGGACAGCUCAGAAGAAGAAGGGCAAGAUUCGUUCGUGCUUUAUCGUGAUCGAGAGGAGUGGAAAGACGUCACGCCUGUACCACAAGAUGAUGGACCAAAUCCUGUUGUAUCUAUUGCUUAUUCUGAACGUUUUAAGGAUGUGUACGAUUACUUCCGAGCUAUUCUCAAGUCUGGCGAGAUGAGUGAAAGAGUUCUUGCGUUGACUGAGGAAGCUAUUGGUCUAAAUGCAGCAAAUUAUACUGUCUGGCAUUAUCGAAGAUUGCUGUUGAAGGCUUUAAACAAAGACCUGGCUGAAGAAUUAAACUAUGUUUCCGUGGUGAUUGAAGAGCAGCCAAAGAACUAUCAAGUCUGGUACCAUAGGCGUAUGGUGGUUGACUGGCUAAAUGAUGCCAGCCAAGAACUGGACUUCACAUCAUCUAUUCUUCGACCAGAUGCCAAGAAUUACCAUGCAUGGCAACAUCGGCAAUGGGUGAUAAAAAAGUUUAACUUAUGGGAAAAUGAACUUGAAUACGUUGACAAACUUUUGACAGAAGACCUCAGGAAUAAUUCUGCAUGGAAUCAAAGAUAUUUUGUCCUGUCUCACCUGGGUUUUACAGAUGAAGUCAUUCACCAAGAAGUCAAGUUUGCCAUGGAUCUUAUUGAAAAAGUCCCAAAUAAUGAAAGUGCAUGGAAUUAUCUUAAAGGGGUGCUCUCAAAACACGGUCUUGCUAAAUAUCCUGGUCUCAAAGACACUUUAGUUGAGAUGUACACAAGAGGGAUUGACUCACCUUACCUUAUGGCAACGCUUAUUGAUAUUUAUGAAGAAGAAUUAGAAAGUGAAACAGCAGAACCAAGGACAUUAGAUAAAGCAGUUGAGUUAUGUCAGAAAUUGUCAACAGAUGUUGAUUACAUCAGAAGAGAGUACUGGAACUAUGUUUGUAGAGGGUUGCAAAACAAAUACGGAUGAAUUUGAGAAAGGCAAUUUAAAAAGGAGACUCAAAUGGGAAAUUAGAUAAAUAUACAGGCGCAUAGCGUCCGCAUAUAUGCACAUGCGUACUAGUGGAAAGGAAAUAUUAAACUUUUUCAGGAUUUAAUGCCUUUAAUAUGCUCUCAAUGCCCCUCAAACACUGGAAAUCGCAUUUUCAAGAGUUGUUUUUUCAAAUAUCUUUGGGGAGGACCUCUAGACACCCUCAAUUCUCCCGCCUUCAGUGUUGUUAGCCCCCCAGAUCCAAAAUAUGUAUCACAGUCCCUGACAUGUGUGUACUAGCCAAAAAGUCCACGCUACGCGCCUGAUAUAGUAUUAUACAUUUGAAGCUUAUUCUCAUGGACACAGUUACUGACAUCUGUGCAUUAGGGGCAGCGUUUUUGGUCAAACCAACCCACGGUAUUACCCCAGCAGUAUGACAUUAUAGUGGUCAUUUCUGAGAAAGGUAGCCAACAGUGACCAGUUCAAGAGCAGCUAGUUUGAUGGACAGGGGUGCUUGUUGUUUUCAGUUAAAAAGUUUGUAAUUGGCAUGUGAGAGUGCUUUUGACUGAAAAAUUCUUGGCCAGUCAAAGCAAGUUUCUCACAUUCUGAUUGGCCAAUUUCAGUACUUUCUUGGGUAAUGACGUUAGUGGGGUUUGUGGAGUUGGAGACCUGAGCAAUAAAGUUUUGAAAAUGAUCCCAAAAAAUAAACAUUAAUUUUAACUUGGGUGGUGAUUUUUAAACCUAAAAUGUACAAGUUCCUAGUUAAAUAUUCUUAUAUGGGACUAUUCCAAUCUGUACAAUCCUGUGUAAUGUUCAUAAACUGAAAAAAAUUAUCAAUGAGUCUUGUGAUUUUCAUGUGGUUAUUAUGAUGUUAAGCUGUGGUAGACAUUAUGUGCAUAUCUCUUCUGUAAAUAGUGGAAACUAGCAGUAUUAACUAGUGUUGAGCUGUGUCGGUGUUUCUAAAGAAACAGUUAAUGUGUAAAAAGAUAAAUUUAACGCCGUAAAAAAAAAAUAGGUGAAACAACUUACUGAUAUUUUGGAUGUUAAUCCUUUGUCGAAGGAUUAACGUCCGAAACGUCAGUAAGUAAAGUUAUUUUUUUUACACUACUGUUUACCUGCAAAUGUCUUCUUGCAGCAUUCAAUGCUUUUUAAAAUAAAUCCAUAGAAAAAC